AUGCGUCAAAUAUUGCCGGGUGACAAUGGUUUUCCGGUAUGUUUGGGCAGAAGUCGAAGUAUAGCCAGAUGCGAAAAAAAUCGCCGAAUCACAUGUAUUCUUUGUCAAGAGACUAGCGAUCUUGCAGCGAAUGCGCAAGCAGUGGUUUGUGUUGCAUACAUGCAAAAAUCAGCACUAUUCGCUGGUCGGAAAAAGGAGGAAGUCGGUGAAGGGAGCAUCUCAGAAGUGUUCCUUCCAGCUUCUCUUCGCUCUGGUCCUGGCGCAUCCACAUGUGGCCAUACCAUGCAUUUCGAUUGCUACAGAAAAUUUACGGAAUUACUCAAGGACCACGAACGUAGCCGUAAUCGACAACUCAUGACUUACAAUCCUCGCGUAGUGAAUGUCAAUUUUGGCGAAUAUUUGUGCCCGCUUUGCAAACGUCUCAGCAAUGCAGUUUUGCCUGUCCUCCCUGCAUUCGGACCAGAUAUCCUGGAAAGGUUAUUUGCCAGUUACUUUUGUUUAUAG